CUCCCAGGCCGGAGGAAGGGCCCUUCACGUAGAUCCGCACAAGCCUCGCACCGCAACAGCAGCAGCUGGUGCAGCCGAGGACGAGCACGAGCGCUACUUUGUUACAGAGAAGCUACCGGGGAGGAAACGGCGCAGCGGAGACCUCUCGGAUAAAAAAAAAAAAAAAAAAAAAAAAGCGCACACAGUCGGGGGACUCGAGACGAGCCUGUUGCCGGGAUUUGACGGCGGCAGCUAUUUGAUGAACUUAUCAGGGGAUUCGAACAUUGUGGUUUUUUUUGGUCGAGGAAAAAAAAGGAGGUGUUUUUUCUCAAAGUUGAGCCGAAGAGGAGUUCUCUGGUUCAGGAUGUCGGACUGAGACAAAGGGGUCUGGGGGGCAUUCCCGUCGGAGCGCAGGUAAAACUUGAUUCUUGAAGUGUCCUCUGGAUGGGAAAGAUGGAGAGGGAGCUGCAAUGGUGGAAAGGACAGCUAGCUGCCGACAUCCAUCAGUCGCUCCGCAUCAAGGAGCUGAAGCUACCGGUCUACCGAGCCCACUCUCCACAGAUUGGCAUGCGGCGCUACUUUGCUGACUUGUUGGCCAUCCUGAGCAAUCGCUACCAGCUGUGUCCUACAGCGCGUCACCUCGCCGUCUACCUGCUGGACUUGUUCAUGGACCACUACGAUGUGGCCGUCAAGCAGCUCUAUGUCAUCGCCCUCUCGUGUCUGCUCCUAGCCAGUAAAUUUGAGGAAAAGGAGGACCGGGUCCCCAAACUGGAGCAGCUGAACUCUCUGGGCUUUAUGUGCAGCCUGAACCUGGUUCUCAACAAGAAGGAUCUGAUCAAAAUGGAGCUUCUGCUGCUCGAGACAUUUGGCUGGAAUCUGUGCAUGCCCACACCAGCCCACUUUAUUGACUACUACCUCCAUGCCUCGGUGCAGGAGGGCGACCUAUACAACGGCUGGCCCCUCUCUUCGCUCUCAAAGACCAAGGCUUUCAUGGACAAAUACACUCACUACUUUCUGGAGGUCUCACUGCAAGACCACGCCUUCUUGAGCUUCCGACCGUCCCAGGUUGCUGCUGCGUGUGUGGCAGCGUCUCGUAUUUGCCUUCAGAUUUCCCCUAGCUGGACGACCGCUCUGCAUCUGCUUACGGGCUACACGUGGGACCACCUGACCCAGUGCAUUGAGCUCAUGCUGCUUGCUCAUGACAAUGACGUUAAGGAGGCCAACAAGACCAAAUCCACUCCUCCUCACCGGCCCUCCUCUCUGCAGCACCAGCCCCAGACCUCUCACCUCUCUCCCAUGUCAGCCAUCCAGAGACCAGCCUCCUCUUCCUCCUCCACAUCCUCCACACCACAGCUGCUCUUUCAGCCGGACGGCUUCCCACACCUUUCCCAGCAUUCCCCGUCCCUGUCCCAGCUACAGGCGCUAGCUGACUCCCAGGCUUUGGGGCCUGUGGUGAACAUGUCUCAGGACUUCCUUCAGAGCCACAGGAUGGGUCUCCUCACUGGCGCUGCUUCCAUGACACCCGUGGGUGGGUUCCCCUCCUACCCAAGCUUGACCUCGGGUCUCCAGCCGGGGCCUCGCGCGCUGCCGCUCCAGGGCCCCAUUUCUGUGCAGAUGGCCCUCGCUGGAGAGCCGCGCCACUGUCUGAGCAUGGCCUACAGCGGGGGCUACCUGGGGGGUCAUCACACGUUCACAGCGGGCUGCUUUGACAGGUGACGCCAGGAGACGGAGAGGGAACACGAACCCCUGCGGGAGUGCACUGCUAUGCUUCCGACUCAAUUCCCUACCCCGAACUAUCCCUUUACAGACCUCCUCUCUCUCUCCGUCAGCUCCGCGACACCUCCAGCUCGUCCAGCUCCCCCGUCCCUCACACAGAGACGCCUCAAACGCAAGCAGAGGUCCAAAGGAAAGACAGACCCGGUGGAAGUCAUCACACUGACGUGACAAAUGUUUCACCACCUUGAAAUACUGCAGCAAUGCAGAAACGUUAUUGCCGUAUUCUGAACUGGUUUUAUAGAUCUGUGUUAUUAUGAGACUGUCAUCACUGUGAAUGAGAUGAAAGCAGCAGCAGCAGUGUGAUCAUACACCCACCUCAUUCAGUGCCUGUUCUCAGUCGUGUGAUAGCUGAGCCAAUUUUAGAAGUGCACAGAAUGCAAAGUAUCUGUGAUUUAGGAUAUCUUGCUGCUUGACAUGAUCUUUUUAUUUUAUUUUUUACUUUCUAAUCCCAAAAAUUUAACCCAUUUUAGAGAGAAAAAAAAUUGGCUGGUGUUUUUUCUUGAGCCACCAUUUAAGAGAGGAAGAAGAAUAAAUGGAGGCUUGUCGCUGACUCUCGUCUGUGUCAGUGAACAUUGAUCUAACUCCUGUAGCGUCGGUUGGAGCUGAACGGUCGCUUUGGGAAUUCCUCAUCACAUAAGCCCUCAGAAGGGACGAAGAAUUUAUUACUUCAAGCACAGCAGGUAAAGUCCGCAGCUGUUUUUUUUGUUUUUUGUUUUUUUUCUGGGUUUUUUUUCUUUCCUCUUCCGUCUGCCCUCAUCAUCUCUUCCAUCUCCAAAGUCGAGCCUUGUGGCUGAGCCGUCUCACACUCGGGUGAAAAUGUGUCUCUCGGGCAGCUGCAGGCUUUGUCAUACUAAAGUUUUAAUUUCAGUGUCUCCGGCACCACUCAAAGAAUUUAACACAAACUGGACCAGCAUGGUGAAGGAGACGUGGAUGUUGUUAGUGUAUUGUACAUAUGAAUUGCUGCUGCCUUCUUAUGAACUGUUGGUUCUGUGUCUGUGUUAAGGACUCCAAUGUUUACAUGAACCACUAAGUAUCAGGGACUUGAACAAGAUUACUUGAAUAUGAUGCCAUUGAAACAUGCCAUAGCUUUUUAUUUAUGAUGACUCAUUUAUUUUUUUCCUAUUUCACUUUUGUUUUGAUAUAGUGUAGCUUUUUAUACCAACCUAGAAACACACCAUUGAUUAAUUAUAGUUUUCUUUUUACCUGUCUAUAGAAACUGUUUAUUCAGGCUCAGGUUUCAAGGCUGAAACGAGCAGCCUUCCCAUUAUUCUGUGCUAUUAUGCUUUAAAGUGGAUGCGUUUGCAGCAUCUGUGGGGGCUGGAAUAUUCCCCUUCCUCAUCACUGGACUAUACUCUGCUGACAAGUCAGUAACUGAAUGCAUGAAGCCGUCUGUUAGUAUCGCAGUGGAACAACCUCGUGGUCACUGCAUUCACACAUCUGUGUGCAGUCCACGGUAAUUGCUUCCCAGAUUUCUAAAGCUGCAAUCCCCGAUCUUCCACUUCCUGUUAACAUAUAAACACAUCCAGAUUCCCAGUGUCGGUCACAAGGACUGCCCACUGGUUACCAUGGUGAUACCUUGAAUGACCGUGGACCACACGUACUGGGAUGUUUUUGUGUGAAUUAGGGAUGAAAUGAGUGACUUUAAUAACUGAUUAAUCCAUCAAUUAUUUUCCUGAUUAAUUGUUUUGUCUGAAAAUGAGAAAAUGGUCUAAAAUGCCAGUUCUAUUUCCCAAAGCUCAAUGUGAUAUAUUCACAAGGAUUGUUUUAUUCCAUCAGCGGUCCAAAACCCCCCAAAAACGUAUGACGAAGGAAAGUGUGACAUUCUCAUAUUUGAGAAACUGGAACCAGAGAAUUUGGGGCAUUUUUGACCAAAUUGAUUUAUUUUCUUUCGAUGGUCUAAUCAAAUAGUACAAUAAUCCUUACAGCUCUGCUGUGGACCCAAAAUUCUGGAAUGAUGUUGACAGAUUUCUCCGGACACUGUACAUCGUACCAUGUCAUGCCUUGUCCUAAGCAGUUGUGAAGCUUAAAUUCAUAGUAAGACGUGCUUUUCUCAGAUAACACUACAUGAAGCCUUCUUUAACACUCAGACCAAUUCAAACCUUUUCCAGCUAAACAUCCGUUUGUUUUCCCUCCACUGAAAAGGACAUGAUGAUGUGCUUUCCUUCCAGUGAUUUGAUCUAAGAUACUAUGCCUUUGUUUUAACUUUUUGUGUACAGUUUUGUUAUAUUUUUUACAUUCCUUUUCAGUGUAUUUUAGUUAAAAGCAUUUUGUGAUUUUCCUGAUGAAUUCCGUUGGUGUGAACUAGAUUUUUGUUUAUAGAGUUCAACUUGCUCUUUUCCUCAUAAUUCAUGAGCAACUUCUCACUGAGGUGUCAAAGGUGCAAUAUGUUGUUUUUUCCUGUUUAAACUGACCACAGCCAUCACUGUCUCGUGUACACCACUGGUUCAUCUUUUGUAACUUAUUUUUGAUAAUUGUGUGAUUUGACUUGCUGGAGCUUGAUCUCCUCUAGAGGGCAGUGGGCUCUGAACACAAUUAAUAUGUUGCAUAUUGCAGCCACCUUCUUUGAGUGAUAGAUAUUACUGAAUGCUUUUGUCUUUUAGCUUGAGAAGAUGCAUUUUUCCCUCCAGUGAAAGGUGCUGAUGUCACUCGCACCAAAACAACACUUCUCUAAUGUGAUAGUAAUGAAACUCACAAACUUCCAAUCUAUAUUUUUGUAUUAUUUUGUAACAAUUUGUAGGUUUGGUUUAUGUGACACCGAAUAAUGGAAGGAAUUAUUUUAUCAUAAUGUGCCACGGAAAAAUAAACACACAA